GCCGCCGCCGCCACCACCACCACCGCCGCCGCCCUUUCUGGCACUGCAGACGCCACCCAGACCCAGCCAGGUGUUUCUUCUCCUUAAUCCUCCCUUCUUGCUCCUGUUCAGCCUGCCAGCCGCUGGGCUCGCCCUCGUGGCGGGAGGGAGGCGGGAAGGGAACCGAGGGGCACCAGCAAAAGACUCGCUAAGCCAGGACUUGGUCACUGACGGGAUGAAGAUGCCAAAACUGACCCGGGGUACAGCCUCCGAGCAGGCAGGGGGAGGGACGCCGUCCAGUUUAACCCGAUUUCCACCAAUCACAAGCCGCCCAGCGGAGUCGGGCGCCAGGAGAGGCUGAGCUGAGUCGGCAGGAGGCGGGGAUUGCGGAAAAGAAGGGCCAAUGGAAGCAAAAGUUCCCCGCCCCUCCGCCUUGAUGGACAUCCACGUUCGGACCAAUGGGGGAAUUGUCGCUUCGAAGAAAGCGGGAUUUAUCUGCGGAGUUGGGGAGAGAGGGUGAGCGGAGGGAUCGAGUCUUGGCCUCGAAGAAGAGCCUUCAAGUUGCCGAGGGACCGAGGCUGUCCUUUGACCUCCGCGCGGCGUCACGUGGACUGACGGGGGCGGGGCGAGAAAGCUAGAUCAGUUCCUUCCGGGUCAGUGACAGGCGUCUUCUCCACGAGGUAGUUCGUGGCUUCUUGAAUCUUCCUACUCCCAGCGUUUGGUGGUUGUGAUUUCGGCGAUGAGCUCCCAGAGAGGGAACGUGGCCCGUUCCAGGCCUCAGAAACAUCAAAAUACGUUUAGCUUCAAAAAUGACAAGUUUGAUAAGACUGUUCAGACCAAGAAAAUUAAUACAAAACUUCAUGAUGGAGUCUGUCAGCGCUGUAAAGAAGUUCUUGAAUGGCGUGUAAAAUACAGCAAAUACAAACCAUUGUCAAAGCCUAAAAAAUGUGUUAAAUGUUUACAAAAGACAGUGAAAGAUUCUUAUCACAUAAUAUGUAGACCAUGUGCCUGUGAACUUGAAGUUUGCGCAAAAUGUGGAAAGAAAGAAGACAUUGUUACUCCGUUUAAUAAAGAACCAGAAAAGACAGAAAACAUUGAAAACAAUCCACAUUCCAAUUGUAGAAGAAGCUGCAGAAGAAAUAAAGAAGAAAGUGAUGAUUUAGAUUUUAAUACUGAUUUAGAUGACUCAGAAGAAGAUGACAAUCAAAUAGAUUAAUAUAUUAAAAGUCAGUGUGAAAACAUGAAAUUCUGAACAACUUUCUACUUUGAGGGUUUUACAGAAAAAUACUGUGAAAUCCUAAUAAAGAAUUUAGAAUAACCUAUAGAAAAUGAUAACAUUUAUACAUGGACAAUAUAAAUUGUGAAUAAUAUUUGAACAAUUAUAAAACUUAUGUAGACUUUUCUUACAAUAAAUUUCUAAGUAGCAUAUGCUAGAAGAUCUGCCCAGUGAGCAUUGGGGUAUCAUAAUGCAGUUCAUGGAAAUUAUAUAGAAGAAUAUCAAAGUAACAAGAUUCAGAAUUGAAGGUUUUGUAAGAACUAUCUCAUAGAAAAAAAUCAGGUGACAUUAUUGCUAGCCUCAAAAAUUGGUCCUCAGGUAUGUUCCUUUUGAUAAAUUUAUCUCAAGAAAAUAACCCAUAAACAAAAGCCCUCUAACUUAAUGUUUGGUUGCUUUAUAAAGCAGAAAGUUAAUUUUUUAAAUAAUAAUGUUUAACAAGUAUGUAGCAGCUUUUUUAAAUGUAUUUUUAUCAU